AUGAAACAUUUUCAACUUGCAAGUUUCUGUAUAUACCAAGUGGCAGAAAUGGACAAAGGAUCUCUUGGAUGUUCACUUGUUCAAGAAGCACUUGUUCAGUCAUUUUGUCAGAACUAUAACAAGGCUAUUGAGUGUGCAAUUGCAGCCACCAAAAAUCAACCUGAUCCUGCUAUGUUUACUCUACUUGGAAAAAUCCAGAUGAAAGCCCGAAAAUUCAAGGCCUGUGAUGCUUUUACUUCUGCUGUCAGGCUAUAUCCGCGAUACGCAGAUGCAUUUUAUCAGCGAGGGCUGUGCAGAAUGCAACUCCGACAAUCUAAAUGCAUCUUGGAUUUUAACAAAACACUUGCUAUUUUCCCAACUCAUUUUCAGGCUUACUUAAGUCGUGCUGCUUACUACGGUUGUAGAGGAAGAUACUCUAAAGCAAUAAUGAACUGCACUGAAGCCCUCAAAAUUGAGCCGCAGAGUUUGAGAGGGUAUCUUUACAGAGGAGUACUGAAAUUUUACAACAGGACUUACAAACAUGCUGUUGAAGAUUUAAAAAAAGCCAUAGACCUGGAUCAUGUGUGCGUUUUGGCAUAUUAUAACAGAGCAAUUGCCUUCCAACAAUUGAAGGACUAUGAACAUAGUUUGAUAGAUUACGGGAUCGUUCUUCUUCUUGAGACAGACAAGGACAUUGUCUUGAAAGUGCUGAAAAAUCGUGCCCUUCUUUAUAUAGAGAUGAAACACUACAAUUAUGCACUAGAGGACUUUGCAGAAGUGGCAGUGACCGAACACAAAAACAAAGAAUUAUUUAAUAUUAUUGGGCUUUGCUAUCAUAGACUUCAGAAAUAUGAAGAAGCUGUGGAAUCAUUUUCCAAGGUUCUUAAACUAGAUCCCUUUUUUUUGGAUGCCUACAUUGGUCGAGGAAAUGCAUACCUGGAAUAUGGUCAUAGCAAAGGCACUAUACAAGCCUUAAAGGAUUUCUUGAAAGCAGUGCAUAUCAAUCCAGUGUGCAUAAAGGCCAGACUUUGCCUAGGAUACAGUUUGCAGGCUCUUGGAAAAUUUCAGAAAGCUUGGACUCAGUUUACAGCAGCCAUUCAUUGUGAUCCCAGUUGUCACUUUGCUUAUGAUGGACGAGCUAUAGUCUGUCUGCAGAUGGGGGACACUUUUGCUGCUUUUCAAGAUACAAAUGCUGCACUAAAGAUAACCACUAAUGCAGAGUUGCUUACAAAUCGAGGUGUCAUUAAUCAGUUUAUGGGAUAUUUAAACUGUGCUAUGCGUGACUAUCAGCAGGCUAUCACCACAGACCCCAGCUAUGCUUUAGCCUAUUUUAAUGCAGCAAAUAUCUACUUUUUAAACAAGCAGUUCUCACAGGCAAAUGACUAUUAUACCAAGGCCCUGACACUUGACUCCCAAAAUGAAUCUGCUUUCCUGAAUCGAGCUAUUACAAAUACGCUUUUAAGAAACUUUGAAGAAGCAAAAGAAGAUUUUGAGAAGGCAGUUUACCUGUCUCCUUUCUCUGCAGCAAUAUAUUUUAACAAGGCAAAUCUCUACAGCAUGUUAGAGCAAUAUGAGCAAGCUGAGGAAGACAUUUCAAAAGCACUCUCAAUUCAGCCUUAUGAUGCCUUGAUGUAUAAGCUCAGAGCUGAUAUCCGUGGCAAAAUGGGUUUAAUUAAAGAAGCAAUUGCUGAUUACAAGAAAGCCAUCAGCAUCCAAGAGCUUAUCAGCAGCAGCUGAAAAGAUGUA